AUGGGAAUCUCCACUGCGGCUGAGAGCGUUAGCAAAGAAGAAGAUAACCAUAUCGAGCUCACGGUAUCCGAUUCGCAUUCUCCUGCAACAAUCGAGAGUCAGAGUGAGGCUGCAGUCAACAAUGAAAGGAGUCCAAGUACGCCGUCUAAAGCUUCCAAGGUACGACAGAUUACAAUCGUGCUGGCGGGGUUCACCGUCACUGCAAUGACAUGUUCCAUCGUCUUCGCCUUUGGCGUAUACCAAGCACUGUACGAAGAGAUGGCCCAGACGCCCGACACGCCAUUCACUUCGGUCUCCUCGGCCAAGAUCGGACUCAUUGGUACCCUCGCGCUCUCGCUGAUGACCCUGGGCGGGCCGUUCGCCAUGUCGUGGGCGAAGCUCUUCUCGCCCCAGAUCGUCAUCAGCGCAGGAGGUGUGGUGUUUGGAAUCGCCUUCGUCCUCGCCAGCUUUAGCCAGCAUGUGUGGCAAUUUGCCUUGACGCAGGGCCUGCUGGCCGGUGUCGGGACGUGUCUGUCUUACGUGCCCACGACCGCCGUGGUGCCAACUUGGUUCGACAGACGCCGCGCCUUCGCGAUGGGCAUCACCAUCAGCGGCACCGGCGUGGGCGGCAUGUUCUGGCCGCCCGUCUUGCGCGCCCUCAUCACCCACGUCGGCUUCAGGAACGCGAUGCGCAUCUCGGGCUGUGCGUGCGCGGUGCUCGUCGUGGUCGCGGGGUGCGCGUUGCCCUUUGAACCGGGGUUUAGAGAUCGAAUGAGGCCGGAGGCACCUAUGUCCUCGGCCCCGUCCACAUCCACGUCCACGCUCACACCGAGGACGAACAAGCCGCGCGCUAGAUCGACGACGAUGACGAUUUUACGCCGCAUGAUGACCCUCCCAAGACUAGAUUCCGACGUCGCGUCUUCCCGAAAAUUCAUCGCGCAAGCAUUCGCCAACUUCGUGCAGGCGGCAGGCUACUCGACGCCGCUGUUCUUCUACGCCGCCUACGCGCAGAGCAGGGGGUACAGCGCCAACGCAGCCGCCAACUUCAUCUCGAACACGGGAGGAUCGGAUUCACCGAAGAGAAGAGCGCAAGAUGGGCCGCCACCUAGCGGCCCAGGCCUUGAGGAAGUCCGCGUCGCGAGAUGA